GCCCUGGAAGGCGGCGUCCAUGCUGGGGGUCGUGUAGCACAACGGCCAGUGGCCGGUGGGCGACACGCUGCUCGACAAGGAGCGCUGAUAGGCAGGCUGGCAGCCUGUCCAUGUCCCACGUCCUCUCCUUCUGUCUGCCCGUCUUGUUCUUCACCGACUCUAUAUGCUUUUGCGCUUGGGGGCUGGCCCUCUUCGCACUCGGGCCUCUCUCUCUCUGCUGACCUCUUGUCCCGACCUGGCCCCAGCCCUGAACCCUGGCCCUCCCAUCAUCUCGUCGCCGCGCUCGUGCUCGCAACGCAACGCAACGCAACGCAAUAGCAACAAUUACAAUUACAAUUAUAAUUACAAUCACAAUCAAUACAAUACGUCCUCAACGCCACACCAGACAUAACAAUACCCGGAGACCACAGUACCACCCCACCCACGCACCCACCCACCCACAUCAGCCGUCCGCGGCUCGGUCUCUGCCUCCCUCGCGCCCUGCCCUUGCGCAACCGAGGCAGAGGGGUUCGCCCAGGCUGCCAGGGUCGGCGCAAACCCAACAUCGUCGGCAAGAGAUUGCACUUAGGUCCCUACCUAAUAGCUGCCUUGGGUGCACACUUCCGUCCCUCUUACUCAACCUCGCCGUGCCUCGCCUUGCCUCGCCGUGCCUCGCUGUAUCACCACCACCACCACCCGGCCAGAGAGCACAUCCCCUUUUGUCUUGUUCCCCCUCGGCUCGGGCUGCUUAUUACACAACCCCCCUCGUUGCAGACUGCCCACCACCUCCACCACCACCUCCUCCACCCGCCCGUCAGCCAGCCCCGUGGCGCAUCUUUUCUCCCCUCCCCUCCCCAUCUUUUGCUGGUCGGCAGGUCGACAGCAGUCCCCCCAGUCUCCCACGCAGUACUUGCCUUGUAUAUGCUCGCUCCUUGUGCCACGCCCGUAAUACAAACCCCCCACAAAUACCGCCUGUCAGUUUGGUCCCCGCCCAGCCCCGCGGCAGACUCCACGGAUCCUGGUCAACAAAGAAAGCCGCACCCGAAUCGUUGCGUGCCUCGCCAAACCCACUCCCGCCCCACACACAGCAUUGCCAUGAGCGCAUCUGCUCCGGAACAAUGACGCCGUGCGCGAAGCAGCCGCAGACGCUUCAGUUGAGGUCGCUAUCGUUGUCCUCGCCGUGUUGGACGACUCGGCCCUGUGCCCCGUACCCCGCAAUAUUGUGGGUUUCUUGCCGCCUGCCUCCGAGUCGCUCACACCGCAACCACUGUGCUUCUACACGCCCAAAACACACCCGCCCAUCGGUCAGUCGCCUGGCGACUUGACGCGGGUUGAGGUGCUGCUUCUGGAGUCCCCUGGAGGGACCUCACCAGUGUGAAGCACACGCCGAGUCCCCACGUAGCAGCAGCAGCAGCAGCUCCUUGACCGCUUCCGCCGACAGAGCCCCCUCGGGCCGCCGCCGCCGCCCCCCUUCGCUCUCCGGACACCUCUGAAAUCUGCCCCGGGACCAUGUCAUCUUCCUCCCAGGCGCCCCAGGCCGUCCCUGUCAGUCAGCUGGGCCUUUCGGCCGACGAGGUCUCGGUCCUCCAGCACGCACAGAGGGAGGCUGCUGCCGGCGGGUCAAGCUCCUCGCGCGCCGCCAGUCGUGCCUCCUCCCAGGGCCUCCUGAUACUGGACAGCAGCUCCCUCGCCCAGCUCGGCCGCCACUUUGACCGCCUCAUGCAGCAGAUCUCACAGCAGCUAGACCACCUGACCGAGCAGUCCCAGAUCGUGACCAUGGCCGUAUAUGACGAGGCUGGCAACCUGAUGGACAACUGCGACGUCGAGAUCCGCAGGUUCCAUUCCAUCAUGGCACAAAUCGACGACCUCGAGGUCGAGUUCGACCGCAUCCGCCACAUUCGAGACAUUGUUCGGGGAUACCGCCAGCGGGUGCAGGAGAUGGAACGCGCCUUGGAAAGCUCCCAGCCGAGCUCGUCCCGCCAUCAUUCGAGCAGUAGUAGGCACGGGCAUUCCUCACAUGGCCACCACUCAUCAUCAUCAUCACAUCGACACCACCAUGGCCAUCGGAGGGAGAGGCACUGAGACGGACGAGACAAGGAACGGACCAGAAAGGAAUACCACCAAUCAUAUAUACAUAUUAAAAAAAAAAAAAGACAGCAUGACAGACACCUGGGGGCCGGGGGAGGGAGAGCCAGGCAGACCAUGACGUUCGAGGAAGAUCACAACCGAGGGACUGGGAAGUGAUGAAUAAGUCGGGGACGCCGUCGCACGGCGCGUUGCGCCGAGCCUUGUCGGUCGAGACAACAGCAAACACGGCAAACACGCCUCGUCUCACGACGAUACGGAUCGGUUAGAAAAUAAGGUCACGCGGCCGCAUGGAAACACAAAAACAGGUUCACUCUAUUUCGCGCAAGGGAGGUUUCCAUUGCCCAGAAAGCAAGCGGAUUAUUUCGCGGGUGACCACAGGACCGCGGCUUGCCCAGGGGUCAGGUUGCACCUCCAAGCGAUGAUAUCGAUGUCACAAAGGGCCGUGCCUCUCUCUCAUGGUGGUUGAAGCAGGCCUCGGCCUCGGCUCAUUUGCCAGGGCGAUGCCAAGGGUUUUUCUGUUGAACAUAAAAAACAGGAGAGAGAGAGAGAGGCGAACGGCGUGCUGUCGAUGGGCAGAGAUUCCCUUAUUGUCUUGCUCUCCCAGGAUGGGGUGGUCUAUCUCUCUCUUUAAGAUCGAUCUGCGCCUCACGGCUGGACUAAGAAGGGACUAUUUAGCCUCGCGGCAAGUAUGAUGACGACGAUACGACGAUACUGAAUUCUCUGUGUUACUUUUUUUUUCAAUGUUCGCACUUCUUCAUCGUCCUUGAUCUUGCUUUACUUUGUUCGACCCUAUAUGUAUCUGAAGACUGCCGUCUUCUGCAGUGGCAGUUUACCCGCUAGCGUGUACUUUUAUUUUUGGUUGUCGGGAGAGAAGAAGGAGAGAGAGAGAGAGAGAGAGAGUAUGGCUGUGUGUGGGUGUGGAAAAAAGGAGAAAGCAAGAUUGUGUCUUGUCGUAUACCCCAUAGUUGAACGAAGUACUUUAUCAUAGACAAGCUCGCUUGAUGAGUUGACAGGGUACUUAUAUAUAAUAAUGGCCAUGUUGUGGGCGGUAACGUUGCCGUUGCCUCACAAUAUCACGGAAACUCCGUACAAGCAAGCAUUUGAAUUUCUAAUGUGC